AUGUUUAGAUCGGCCCUGCGUCAGUCUACCCGCUCCGUCGGGGCUUUCUCUGCUGGCAGAAUCGUCGCGGCACGCAAUGUCGCUCCUGCCAUGAUUAGCCAUGUCCGCUUCUAUGCCGGGGAGGCCAAGGCAUCUCCAACAGAGGUUUCUUCCAUCCUUGAACAGAGGAUCCGAGGUGUCUCUGAAGAAGCCGGCCUAGCUGAGACCGGAAGAGUUCUGUCUAUUGGUGACGGUAUUGCCAGAGUUCACGGUUUGGCCAACGUUCAGGCCGAAGAAUUGGUUGAAUUCGCAUCAGGUGUCAAGGGUAUGUGCUUGAACUUGGAGGCUGGCCAAGUCGGUGUUGUGUUGUUCGGUUCCGAUCGUCUUGUCAAGGAAGGAGAGACUGUCAAGCGUACCGGUGAAAUUGUUGACGUUCCUGUUGGAGAGUCACUUCUUGGACGUGUCGUCGAUGCCCUCGGUAACCCCAUUGAUGGAAAGGGCCCUCUCAACGCCAAGGAGAGGAGACGUACCGAAGUGAAGGCUCCUGGUAUUCUCCCCCGUCAGUCUGUCAGGGAGCCUGUCCAGACUGGAUUGAAGUCCGUCGACGCCAUGGUUCCUAUUGGACGUGGACAGCGUGAACUUAUCAUUGGUGAUCGCCAAACUGGUAAGACCGCUGUCGCUCUCGACACAAUUCUCAACCAGAAGCGCUGGAACAGCGGAUCCGACGAGAAGAAGAAGCUUUACUGCGUGUACGUUGCUGUCGGUCAGAAGCGUUCCACCGUCGCUCAGUUCGUCCAAACCCUUGAGGAGAACGAUGCCAUGAAGUACACUGUCGUCGUUGCCGCCACAGCUUCCGAGGCCGCCCCUCUGCAGUUCCUUGCCCCCUUCACUGGAUGUGCCAUUGGUGAAUGGUUCCGUGACAAUGGAAAGCAUGCGGUCAUUAUCUAUGACGAUUUGUCCAAGCAAGCUGUUGCCUACCGUCAGAUGUCUCUUUUGCUUCGUCGUCCCCCUGGACGUGAGGCUUACCCCGGAGAUGUCUUCUACCUUCACUCUCGUCUCCUCGAACGUGCAGCCAAGAUGCACAACAGCCACGGUGGUGGAUCUCUCACUGCCCUUCCUAUCAUUGAGACCCAGGGAGGAGAUGUGUCCGCCUACAUUCCCACCAACGUCAUUUCUAUUACCGAUGGACAGAUCUUCUUGGAGUCCGAGUUGUUCUACAAGGGUAUCCGUCCCGCUAUCAACGUCGGUCUUUCUGUCUCCCGUGUCGGUUCCGCUGCGCAGGUUAAGGCCAUGAAGCAGGUCGCUGGUUCCCUGAAAUUGUUCUUGGCCCAGUACCGUGAAGUCGCUGCUUUCGCCCAGUUCGGUUCUGAUUUGGAUGCGUCCACCAAGUCCACCUUGAACCGUGGUGAACGUCUCACUGAGCUUCUUAAGCAGAAGCAAUACUCCCCUAUGGCCGUUGAGGAGCAGGUUCCUUUGAUCUAUGCUGGUGUAAACGGUCACCUUGACAGCAUUCCAGUCAACAAGAUUGGCCAGUUCGAACAAGACUUCCUUGCCCACCUUAAGAGCAACGAGUCCGGACUGAUCAACACAAUUAACAAGGAGGGUGCAUUGUCCAAGGAAACUGAGGCCAAGCUGAAAGACGUUGUUGUCAGCUUCGUAAAAUCUUUCUUGUAG